AUGAUCUGUCAAGAUCUCAUAAAGAAUUAUGGGAGGGCUACUACUUCUUCGAGGUGCGCUAUCAAGAUAGACUUGAGCAAAGCUUAUGAUACCGUAGAUUGGCUUUUUCUAGAAGGGUUGCUGAAAGCUUUAAAGUUCCCUAUAAAUUUUAUAGGCUGGAUUAUGUCUUGUGUUAGGAAUACCACCUAUUUUUUAGUGAUGAAUGGUCGAGUGCAAGGAAAAUUUAAAGGGGGGAAGGGGCUGAGACAAGGUGACCCUAUGUCACCUCUUUUAUUUGUUCUCAUCAUGGAAUAUCUGACUAGGAAUCUCCAUUAUGCAGCUCUUAAGUCUCCUUUUCGCUAUCAUCCGAUGUGCAAAAGUUUAAAGAUCAUUAAUUUGUGUUUUGCGGAUGACUUGCUGAUUUUUUGCAAUGGAACUCUUCCAGUUGUGAGGAGUGUUAAGAUGGUUCUUGAUGAGUUUGCCAUUGCUUCUGGUUUGAUCAUUAACUCAGGAAAAUCUCAGAUUUUUUUCGGUGGUGUCUAA